GGACCACUUCAAUUUUUGACUGUUAGGAGAAAGACUGCCCUCAGUCUUUUGGUAAUUUUGUCUGUAUAUUUGAGGAUAGUGUGGUACGCGAGCGACCGGGACAACUGUGCGGUGAUUUGAGUUCUUGCCGCGAGACUCUUCCCCGACAGCGCAACACAUCCCAGGACGAGUGCACACAACGACUUUUCGUUCGUGGCCCGCCCGAUAUGCAUUCGGGCAGUCGCACCUGGAGAAGAAGAUAAGCGCAGUAAGAAUGAAGUUUGAAGUUCAUAUGAGCGGGACAAUGCAGACAAGACACCAGAUUGAACUGAAGAGCCUGAAGUUUCUGUUUCUAUGUCUUUCCGUGGCCAUCCUAGCAUCAGGAGUUGACGCAGGUGGUAAGAAGGACAAUGGGCCAUGUGGAGGAAGAGACUGCAGCGGGGGAUGCAAAUGUUUCCCUGAGAAGGGCGCCAGAGGCCAACCUGGUCCUCUUGGCCCGCAGGGACCCCAUGGGCCUCCAGGGGGCCUAGGGGACUCAGGAGUCCAAGGAGUCCAAGGAGAGAAGGGCGACCGGGGCAGAGGAGGCUUCAUCGGCCCCAAGGGUUCUGUGGGGAUGACUGGUGUUCCAGGGUUUUCUGGAUCGGACGGUAUUCCUGGCCAUCCAGGACAGGCAGGGACUCGUGGGAAACCUGGAGCAGACGGGUGCAACGGAACACAUGGAGAUUCAGGGUUGGCAGGGAAACCAGGCUACGAUGGCCAGCCCGGGUAUAAUGGUCAGGCAGGCAGAAAGGGACAGAAGGGAGACACUCUGGAGCUUAGUGUGUUCAUGGAGCGGUUCAGGGGAGAUUCAGGACAGCCCGGAUAUCCUGGAUUUGUUGGUCCUCAGGGUUACCCAGGUCGGUCGGGCUACAGAGGACUCCCAGGACCACAGGGCCCAUUAGGGUUUCCUGGCCUUCCUGGACCAAAGGGCACCAUGACCAAAGUGUUGAAGGGGGUCAAAGGAGAAGCGGGUGAGGCUGGACAGCAAGGUCCCCCAGGGAACUCCACCCAUCAGCAUACCAGCCCACUUACCGGACCCUACGGCAGAAAGGGUGACAAAGGGUUGAAAGGUGAAACUGGAGUUGAGGCUGACAACAAAGGAGAGACUGGGAUUAUGGGGAUGCCUGGGCAAAGGGGUGUCCCUGGUCGGGAUGGAGAGCAAGGACUAAGGGGGGACCUUGGAGAACCAGGAUUUAGGGGCAGAGAUGGCCAACAGGGUGCCAUCGGAGAACCUGGGGAGUUGAUCUAUUAUGAAGGUCCCUCAGGAGGACCUAACAGAGUUGGCCCCCCUGGACAGCUGGGACCCCAGGGAGAGAUGGGUUUGCAGGGGGAGAAAGGUCUGCCAGGCCGGGCUGGACCUCCUGCUAGGAAGAGUGAUAGUCAAUUACAAGUGGAGUACCUGUGGGGUCCGUUCGGGGAACCGGGGGUAAAGGGAGAGACGGGCCCACCUGGAGAGCCAGGUAUCCCUGCUCUCAGCCCCGGACCCCCAGGUAUCGACGGCAUUUCUGGGUUGAGGGGCCCACCCGGACCACCAGGAUCAUGGGCGGACUUCUACAAGGGAUUUGCUGGGUCGAGAGGGCGGCCAGGCUCUGCAGGGAGAAAAGGACUGAAAGGUGAUCAUGGGUUGUGUGAGUGCAACAUUGUCCACUCUCCUCCGGGCCUGCCUGGCCCUGCUGGUAGCCAAGGCGACCCUGGAAUGAGUGGCGAGUUUGGUCAGCAGGGCGAGCCAGGCGAGCCAGGACCCCAAGGUGUCAUCGGACUGCCUGGGUUCCCUGGUGCCACAGGACAACCGGGUCCAAAGGGCAGGAAGGGCGAGUUGAUUUGGGCCAAAGAGAAAGGAUAUGCCGGGGACCCAGGAGAUCCGGGUGCGACUGGUGACCCAGGAUUGCAGGGCUUCCCUGGGCCAAGUGGGAUCAAUGGAUUCCCUGGGAACCGUGGUCUUUCAGGGGACGCACCUGAGGGACUCACUGGAGAAAAGGGUUAUCCUGGCCGGUCGGGUCUCCCUGGGUUGUUUGGACAGAUGGGAGAACCGGGACGAGUUCUAGGUGCCACUAAAGGGGUCAGAGGGUUACAAGGCGAUGAUGGGGAUGAUGGGGAGCCGGGUUACGCUGGUGUCAAAGGUCGAGCUGGAGAUCCAGGAGUGUCUGGCUGUAGUCCGAGAGGAGAUGGACGGCUGAAUGACAAAGGCGAUUGUGAUGCCGUACCCGGACCACCCGGUAUGCCAGGACCCCAAGGGUUAGUGGGUUUCCCAGGCAUCCCAGGUCAAAAUGGAUUCACAGGUCCACUUGGAGAUGACGGGGCCAAAGGAGAGAUAGGAGAGCAAGGCAUAGGAGGGUCUCCUGGACAGCCAGGUUUCACUGGCCCCCGUGGAGACUUGGGUCAGCCCGGCACCAAGGGUAAACCUGGAGAUCAAGGUCAGCCUGGCCAACAGGGUCGGGACGGGGAGUCCGGGGAAAAGGGACCACACGGGGAGAUCUGGGGAGCGUCGACCGGACAAACUGGAGAAGUGGGUCUUCCUGGAGAGCAGGGACCUAAAGGUUUUAGCGGAGAGCCUGGAAACGAGGGCUACCCAGGGAUGGGUGGUAUGCCUGGGAUGAUUGGGUUCAAGGGCGACGUGGGUCCUUCAGGUCUACAGGGGGAGCAAGGAAGACCGGGAGCUGCUGGGAAGUACGGCUGGAAAGGUGUACCCGGACAGGCUGGAGUCCAUGGACCAACAGGAAGCUUCGGACAACCAGGUUUGAGCGGAGGAAGGGGUGAUCAGGGGGAUCCUGGCGCCCCGGGGCCAAUAGGACUAAAGGGGACACCAGGGGAGUUUGGAGGUCUGGGUGCUGAGGGAAACACCGGACACCUGGGUGACCCUGGAGAGCCAGGACCUACAGGACACUCUGGCCUGCCAGGGUUCAAAGGUAUCAAAGGUUCUCGUGGCAUGUCAGGGUUUGGAGGUAUGCCCGGUGAGUCGGGCCUGAAGGGCUUCUCUGGACAGAAGGGAGAGGAUGGCAUUCCUGGCGGAUUUGGACAGAAAGGAAUCAUGGGCGACUAUGGUUCAAAGGGUGAACGUGGUCUGAGUGGCCUGCCAGGCGAGAAGCCCCACAUCCCUCGUCAGAUCAUCAAUGACAUGAAGGGGACCAAGGGAGAAGAUGGAACACCAGGACAAAUCGGAUUUACUGGACCCAGAGGUCCUAAAGGUUUUCCCGGAGUUCCGGGUAUGGAGGGCUACCAUGGCGUUCCCGGAGACCCCAGCGAUGAGAAGGGUUUCCCAGGCAACCCAGGGGCGCAGGGACUUCCAGGGCCAAAAGGAAUGCCAGGUCCGACUGGAUCAAAUGGAAUCAGCGGCUUUCCUGGGAUGUCUGGUCACAGGGGGGAGAAAGGUACCCCCGGUGCCUACGGAUCUUCAGGAGAUCCAGGAGGGAAGGGUGUCAAAGGUGAAGAGGGUCCCAUAAUCGACAUGCCCGGAUCCACAGGACUGAGGGGGGAGGAUGGUUUCCCAGGGGUUCCAGGUCAGAAGGGCUACAUUGGGAAUCUGGGAGACAGGGGCGGUGGUGGUUUCCAUGGUAUUGACGGCAUGAAAGGGGGGCCGGGAGAGCCUGGCACAGGAGGUCCUAUAGGAUCUGAUGGUCAAGGAGGGUUUCAAGGCAACCAGGGUACGAAGGGAUGGCCUGGGGUCCCCGGAGAAUCAGGCACAAAUGGACGACCAGGCUUCCCAGGACAGAGAGGUUUUCCUGGACUAAAGGGUAUAUUGGGACUGGAUGGACUGAAGGGUGAGAAGGGCAUCCCUGGACUUCCAGGUCAGGAUAACUUGGGAACCCCAGGUGUUCCUGGUGCUAAGGGAACGAGGGGUGAGACAGGUAUACCCAACUCAGAGGUCGGGACCCCAGGAUCGCUGGGUUUGAAGGGCGUUCAAGGACAACCAGGUGACCAGGGCCAGGUGGGACCCCCAGGGUUUCAGGGCCCUCAUGGACCACAGGGCACCUCAGACACACCUGGACCAUCAGGAGACCCUGGCUUCCCUGGAUCCAAAGGGCUGCCAGGUUUCCCUGGGCCCCGUGGAUAUCCUGGUGAGCCCUCUCCAUAUGGAGAGAAGGGUUUAGCUGGCCACUAUGGCUUCCCUGGAUUCUCUGGUCUGAAAGGAAAGCAGGGGGAUCAGGGACCAUCAGGCUACAAAGGACAGAGUGGAGUGUCUGGGAAGAAAGGUGUGAAGGGAGAGCAAGGGAUGAUGGGAAUUCCUGGUAGGUUUGGUUUCCAAGGAGACCGAGGUCCUUCCGGCCCAAAAGGAAGUACUGGACCCAUAGGUUAUCCGGGAGCCCCAGGUAACCAGGGCCCAGCCCCAGUCCCCCUCAGGAUGCCAGGAGAAAGGGGUGCUCCAGGGCCUCAGGGCAUCCGAGGACCAGAGGGGGUACGAGGGGAGACUGGUCCGAAAGGACCCCCUGGAGCUCCAGGCUACCUGGGCCCCCAGGGGCAGAAGGGGAUGCCAGGGGUGGGUGGCAGACCGGGUACCCCCGGGUACCGUGGGAAUGACGGAGGGAGGGGCCACCUUGGUCUUCAAGGCAUGGAAGGACACCGUGGUAACCCAGGUACUACAGGGUUGCCUGGCAUGCCUGGACGCAGUGUGAGUGUGGGAUAUCUGCUGGUGAAGCACAGCCAAUCAGAGCAGACCCCCAUGUGCCCCGUGGGCAUGUCCAAGCUGUGGGAUGGCUACAGUCUACUGUACUUCGAGGGCCAGGAAAAGGCCCACAACCAGGACCUAGGUCUGGCAGGCUCCUGCCUCCCUCGUUUCAACACCAUGCCCUUCCUGUACUGCAACCCCGGAGACGUCUGCUACUAUGCCAGCCGCAAUGACAAAUCCUAUUGGCUGUCCACCACCGCACCCCUUCCCAUGAUGCCCGUGGAAGAGGAUGAGAUCAAACCCUACAUCAGCCGCUGCUCUGUGUGCGAGGCUCCGUCUGUCGCCGUCGCCGUGCACAGCCAGGACAUCACCAUCCCACAAUGCCCCGUGGGCUGGCGCAGCCUGUGGAUUGGCUACUCCUUCCUUAUGCACACAGCAGCAGGUGACGAGGGUGGUGGUCAGUCUUUGUCGUCCCCUGGUUCCUGUCUGGAGGACUUCCGCACCACUCCCUUCAUCGAGUGUAACGGGGCCAAGGGCACCUGCCAUUACUUCGCCAACAAACACAGCUUCUGGCUCACCUCCAUCGAACAGUCCUUCCAGGCAGAGCCUGCCUCCGAGACCCUGAAAGCAGGCCAACUCCUCUCACGCAUCAGCCGAUGUCAGGUCUGCAUGAAGAACCUGUGACCUGGCUCACACUUAGUCCCCUUUGACCCUGUGAUGUAAUUUCCUUUGACCGUACCCCCCCACCAAACACAAUUCAGGUAGACAUUACACUUAGGCACAGAUCUAGGAUCAGCUCACCCUCCCUAAAUCUUAACCUUAGCCAUAAAGGGGAGAACACAAAACAGACCUUAGAUCAGCAUCUUGUGAUGACUGAAGGACUGUGUGAACGCUUCAAGUGGAGAGCAAGUGUCCUGUGGUGAUAAUUGGAAAAGAAGCCCCGGCAUGAAGUCAACAGCGAUAUGAAAUAUACAUGUUAAUGUUAUUUUUUAAAUUGUUCGUUCUAUUUGAUAUGGUGCUCUAACUUAUUACCUCAGCUAUGUUGUAUACAGUGCAUUUAGAAAGUAUUCAGACCCCUUCACUUUUCCCACAUUGUUACGUUGCAGCCUUAUUCUAAAAUGACAAAGCAAAAGGUUUUUUUCAACAUUUUUACAAAUGUAUUAAAAAAACAACACAGAAAUACCGUAUUUACGUAAGUAUCCAGACCCUUUGCGAUGAGUCUCUAAAUUGAUCUCAGGUGCAUAUUGUUUCCAUUGGACAUACUGUUUCUACAACUUCAUUGGAGUCCACCUGUGGUAAAUUAUGUUGAUUGGACAUGAUUUGGAAAGGCACACACCUGUCUAUAUAAGGCCCUACAGUUGAUAGUGCAUGUCAGAGUAAAAACCAAGCCAUGAGGUCAAAGGAAUUGUCUGUAGAAACUCCCCAACCACAGGUGUGCCAAACUUGUAGUGUCUCCAGGCUGUACUGAGUAAAGGGUCUGAAUACUAAUGUAAAAUUUCAGUUUUUUGUUUUUAAUACAAAAACACUAAAAACCACUUUGUCAUUGUGUGUGAUUGAUGGGGGGGACAAUUUCAUCCAUUUUAGAAUAAGGCUGUACCGUAACAAAAUGUGGAAAAAGUAUACUAUCCGAAUGCACUGUACCUAACAUGUUUAACUGACCAUACAGCUGAAAGAACCAAAGAUGCCUGUGUACGCACUGCUUCAGUUAUCAAUGAAUCUAAUGAUUGAUAAUAUUGAUUGUGUGUGCACUGCUUCAGUUAUUUAGAUUGUUUAAGUGCGCUUACCUUUUAUUAUUCAGGUAUACAGUAAUGCCACUACACUAACCCUCUACCAAUUGUAAAUGAGGUUUGGUUGAGUUUAAGUGAAAAGAAAUGCUCUUAACAUUCAGUAUUAAUCUGCUUUACAUCAAGUCUUCUUCUCACGUAACAUAACAUUUAUGCAUCAAGAGGCCUUACAGUGCAAACUGUUUGUUAACAAUAUAUCAAGUGUAUGUAUCAAUAUAUAUUACAGAUCUUACCCAUUCAUAUAUUGUUUGUCACAAAAUGCACUGAUUUACUUUCCUACGUAUAUUUAUAUCCACUGAAUGAACUUGAUUUUUAUUGUGCUCAGAACUAAAAAAUAUAUUUUGUAAAAUUGGCCAUGAGUUCGAUGUGCUAUGAAUCCAUUGAAUUCUAUUGUAAUUGAGUCAUAACAAAAAAUAAAAUGUUUUGUUUGUUAUA